AUGGGUCGAGAAUUUGAGAGUAUAUUAUUUUCUGAAGUAUGCAGACUAUUGGGCAUUAAAAAGAGUCGUACCACCCCUUAUAGACCUUCAUCAAACGGGUUGGUUGAAAGGUUCAAUCGGACAUUAAAGCAAAUGUUGUCAAUGUAUGCCCAUGAGGAAAUACUAGACCGGGAUGAUCAUCUUCCCUUUCUCUUAAUGGCUUAUAGGGCAAGUGAACACAAAAGCACUGGCUGUACACCAAAUCUAAUGAUGUUGGAUAGGGAGGUAGAUUGUCCAAUAGAUCUCAUGGUAGGAGGGGCCCCAGAGUCACAAACAGAUUUGUGUACAUUAGAGUAUGCUGAAUGGUUGAAAUCAACCAUGCAAGAAACUUUUGUGUAUGCUAACAAACAUCUAGAUACAGCUGCAAAGUCUCAGAAACAAACAUACGACCGCAAACUAAAAUUAAGGGAGUUUGAACAGGGCACAUGGGUGUGGCGCUGGUAUCCUCCAAAGGCAGGUCAAAAACUGGAACUAGGUUGGACAGGUCCGUAUUUGGUAGUUGAGAAAAUCUCAGCACUUACCUACAAGAUACAAAAAGAAAAACAAUCAGCAGCAAUUAAUGUUCAUGUAGAUCAUUUGAAACCAUACGAGGGUAUCAGUACUCCGCAAAACUGGUUAGAACCACAUGUGGUGGAUCCGGCUCCUCUGGAGAUGUCUGAAGGCCAUCACUCAGGUGAAGGGGGAGGUAACUCUUCGAGUGAUUCAUCUUCAGAAGAGCCGGACAUCAUUCCUGAACAAUUAUUUAAGUCACCAGUGAAAACUCGGGCAGGGAGAAUGAUAAAGCCAAGGGAAAGAUUCUCCCCAUAA